AUGGUUGAGACGACAGAUAUUAAAGCAGGAGAAACAAUUCUCGAUACAUGCAAUAAUGUAAGAGACCCUCUUACAAAAACAAAAUUUUUAGAACCAGAAGUAUCUAGGGAAGAUACAAAUAAAGAGAUCUCAGAUGAAUUAUUAACGCCUUCGAACCAGUUAUCAUGGGAUCUAUUGGAUUUAGUUCAAUCUUUACCGGAAGUGAACCAAAACAAACUUUAUGAUGGAUUGCUAAACAUACCUAGUCCUAUUAGUAGAACAUCAUUUAGGUUUAAACGGUCAGGCAUCGCAGGUACGGUUGAUGGUUAUAAAGAGGAAUUGCGCCUUUCAGACUUAGAUAAUGCAAAUUCAAGUAAUUCAUUAUCCGUAAAUAGAAAAUUUACGUCCAAGAGUGAUGCUUUGAGAGGGAAAUCAACAUUCUUACCGUUUCAACCAGGUGGUUUAUUGGACAAGAAGUCGAUGAUCAAUGCCGCAAAGGACGAAUCAGCAUUUUUACAUAGAAACGAAAUGGGUUUAUUUGAUAUUCCGCAAGGGUUAUCCAGAGGUUUGAAUAUACUGGAUUCAACGGUCCUGGAUGAUAAUAUUGUUAAUUUAGAGCAAAGCAAGGAACCUCAAGAUUCUCAACCCGAAGAAUCAACAUUGGAAGAUAAGAAUUUUAUAGAAUCAAGUAACCUUCUGGACCAAGGUUCAAAAUCUGAUAACCGACUCCCAUUUGAAUCUGAAGAUAUAGAUGGUAUCAUACCACUGGAUUAUGCCAGUAUGAAACAAUCUAUGGAUGAAGCUCCAGAACACAAGAAAAGUUGGGCUCACGUUGUUGAUUUGGAUCACAAAUUAGAAAACUUUAAAGAGGUUAUUCCGAACAUGGCACGAGAAUGGCCGUUUGAGCUAGAUACUUUUCAACAAGAAGCUGUAUAUCAUUUGGAACAAGGGGAUUCUGUUUUCGUUGCAGCUCAUACGUCUGCUGGUAAAACAGUUGUUGCAGAAUAUGCAAUCGCCAUGGCCACCAGGAAUAUGACCAAAGCUAUUUACACCUCACCCAUUAAAGCAUUAUCAAACCAAAAAUUCAGAGAUUUCAAAGAGACAUUUAAAGACAUAGACGUUGGUUUGAUUACAGGGGAUGUUCAAAUAAACCCAGAAGCCAAUUGCCUUAUUAUGACAACUGAGAUUUUGAGAUCUAUGUUGUACAGAGGAGCAGAUCUUAUCCGUGACGUGGAGUUUGUAAUUUUCGAUGAAGUUCACUAUGUGAACGAUAUCGAUCGUGGUGUUGUCUGGGAAGAGGUAAUCAUUAUGUUACCUGAUCAUGUGAAAUACAUUCUUUUAUCGGCAACUGUGCCUAAUACUUAUGAAUUUGCAAACUGGGUUGGUAGGACAAAACAAAAAGACAUAUAUGUAAUUUCAACACCGAAAAGACCAGUUCCAUUAGAAAUAUUUAUAUGGGCAAAAGAUCACUUAUUCAAAGCUAUUGACGCGAAUCGGAAAUUUUCAGAUAUUGAGUUUAAAAAACAUAAAGAGAUUUUGGAAAAGGGAAAUAAGAAGGAACCCCCUCAUGUUACAAUGGGAGCAGGUAGUCGUGGUGGGCGUGGAGGAACUGCCAGAGGUGGUAACAGAGGAGGAGGACAAGUAGCAAAUAGAGGUAGAGGAAAUUUUCUGGGUGGUAGAGGUGGAUUAACAAGAGACGGACCAAAUAAAAAUACUUGGGUUUCGCUUGUGCAAUACAUGAAGCAACACAAUUUAUUACCUGCUGUCAUUUUUGUUUUUUCAAAGAAAAAGUGUGAAGAAUUUGCCGAUACAUUAAGCAACGUAGAUUUUUGCAAUGCAAGAGAAAAAUCGGAAGUACAUAUGUUCAUCGACAGAGCAGUUUCUAGAUUAAAGAAAGAAGACCGUGAAUUGCCGCAAAUAAUCAAAAUCAGAGAUCUUUUAAGUAGAGGUAUUGCAGUUCACCAUGGUGGAUUAUUACCCAUAGUCAAAGAGUGCAUUGAAAUAUUGUUUGCAAGGUCUUUGGUAAAAGUUUUGUUUGCUACGGAAACAUUUGCAAUGGGGUUGAACUUGCCAACUAGAACUGUUGUUUUCAACACAUAUAGAAAGCAUGAUGGAAGAGGGUUUAGAAACUUGUUACCUGGUGAAUUUACGCAGAUGUCUGGAAGAGCAGGUAGAAGAGGUUUGGAUGAUACCGGGACGGUCAUUGUCAUGUCAUUUAACGAACCUUUAUCACCUACUGAUUUCAAGGAUGUAACUCUAGGUACUCCAACGAAGUUGCUGUCUCAAUUCAGAUUAACGUAUAACAUGAUCUUGAAUCUUUUGAGAAUUGAAGCUUUGCGUGUUGAGGAGAUGAUUAAGCAUUCGUUCAGUGAGAAUUCAACUCAAACUUUACUACCAGAACACGAAGUCACUGUAAAGCGCUUAUCAGAAGAACUAAACGAGACUAAGGUAGAAGAUUGUUCUAUAUGUAAUUUGAAGAAUAUUGAAGAAACUUAUAAUUUGUUAACCGAUUAUGAAAAUUUAUAUGGCCAAAUCGUGGAAGAGAUUCAAAAGCUGCCUAUAGUUAGGAAUACUUUGAUGAGAGUUGGUCGUCUUCUUUGCUUUAGGGAUAAAAAUGAUACUUUAAGAUUAGGUUUCUUCAUUAGGUCCAAUGUGUCUGAUAAUGCUUUGUUAGUUUUAACGUUUGAUCUUGGUGAAGAAUAUGAAAGGGAUAGCGCUACUUACAAAUUACCUUGGAUCCCACAUUCGUAUUAUCUUAGCCAUUUCAUGAAGAAAAUGGUCUAUUCAGGAUCCCUUAGAAUAGAAUCCGUCCCUUACAAUAAUAUAGGAUUUAUUGGCCGUUAUUUUUUGAAAGCUAAUAUUAAAAGCAUAUUACAGAAUGACUCAAAAGUUAUUGCAGAAGCUGUUGAACAAAUUCAAAUUUUGUUGAAAUUUCAAAAUAAGUGGGACGAAGUUGGAUUUUACCAAGCAACACAGUUAUCCUUACACGAGCUUUUGGAAAAGAAGAUGCCUAUUCUCGAAAGACUUAAUGAGCUAGAAUCUUUUGAAUGUAAGAACUUCAAAGUUCAUUACCAACAAAUGCAUAGGCAAGAUGAAAUUAAAUCUGAAAUAACUACAUUACAAAGAUUAAUCUCUGAUGAGAAUUUAGAAUUGUUGCCUGACUACGAGCAACGUCUAAAUGUUUUGCAAUCGUUAGGAUUCAUCGAUAAAAACCAAAACGUAGUUCUUAAAGGCCGUGUCGCAUGUGAAGUUAACUCUGGUUGGGAAUUAAUCAUAACUGAAUUGGUUUUAGAUAAUUUCUUAGGUGACUUUGAGCCAGAAGAGAUCGUCGCAUUGCUUUCUUGCUUCGUAUACGAAGGGAAGACCAACGAAGAAGAAGAACCCCCUAUCACACCGCGGUUGGAAAAAGGAAAGACCAGAAUCCUUGCUAUUGCAGAAAAAUUAAUGAAGGUAUACGCGGAACACCAAGUUUUGCUUACGUCGGAAGAAGAAGAGUUUUUAGAAAGGAAAAGAUUCGCCUUAGUGAAUGUUGUGUAUGAAUGGGCUAGAGGUUUAUCUUUCAAUGAAAUCAUGCAAAUGAGUGUUGAAGCAGAAGGAACUAUUGUGAGGGUAAUCACCAGAUUGGACGAAAUAUGUCGUGAAGUCAAGAGUGCUGCAUUGAUAGUUGGUGACUCUACUUUGCAUUCUAAAAUGUCGGAGGCACAAGAAAAAAUUAAGCGGGAUAUUGUUUUCUGUGCAUCGUUAUAUCUUUAG